AGACUGUAGUAUACACUGUACAUCGAAUGCAUGCAUGUGCCUGCGCCGUGGUAUCGGCAGAUUUUCAUCAGGCGAUUCACGUUGACCAAUCAGGCGAGCUGUAACAUUCGGCCUAGGCACUCGCAUCAAAGGUAAACAAACCUGCCGCAGUUCUACCUGUUAUGUCAGGCAGUGUCGGUAGCCGCCAGGAGAGUUGGUUGCGUGGAUUUCUCUGAUUUUGGUGACAAUUUAGACGCCGAUAGAAAAGGCUGACAUCUGUGUCAACAUGGAUCCCAAUGGGACAAUACUGUCAUCUCUGACGAUAGCGACAGAAUACUUGGAGAGUUUGCCUGAAAACCCUCUGCGAGACCCUCUGAAGAAUGGCUGGAACUACAUGUUGGACACUUACACUAAGCCUCAAAUUGCUCUUUGGGGCUCUCUGAUUGUCCAUGAAGUCCUCUAUGUGUUGAUAUGUCUACCUGCAUAUUUAUUCCAAUUCAUCCCUUUUAUGCAAAGAUACAAAAUACAACAGGACAGGAAAGAAGAACGGCAGUGGGAUUGCUUUAAAAUGUUACUCUUCAGUCACUUUGUUAUACAGUUCCCCCUGAUGUUGGGAACUUUUGCAUACACGGAAUACUUCAACAUUCCUUACAGUUGGGAAGAGAUGCCAGCAUGGUAUAUAUUGAUGGCACAAGUCCUGGGCUGUUUUGUGAUAGAGGACACUUGGCAUUACUGGCUCCACAGGGCACUCCACCACAAGAGUAUCUAUAAACAUAUACACAAGAUUCACCACCGUUACUCGGCUCCUAUGGGUAUGGUUGCAGAGUAUGCCCACCCAGCAGAAACAUUAAUUUUGGGCAUGGGAUUUUUCAUCCCUAUUCUUUUGUUCUGCACCCACUUUGUCCUGUUGUGGGUUUGGGUGGCUUUCCGCCUCAUGGAGACCAUUGAUGUCCACACUGGAUACGACGUCCCCCAUCUCUUUCACCUUAUCCCUUUUUAUGGAGGGGCCAAAGCCCAUGAUUUCCACCACAUGAAUUUUGUGGGCAAUUACUCCUCCACUUUCACAUACUGGGACAAAAUCUGCGGCACUGAUAAGCAGUACAAAGAGUACCUCGCCAAACAGAAGAAGAUGGAUUAAGUCUAGUCAGCAGGGAGACUUGAUCAGGCAUUGGAGAAUUUUGAAGAUGAAAUCCUUAAUCACGAUCUCAAGACUAAACGAGUGCUCUCUCAUACUAACCUGUGUAGUUGGAACAUUUUAGUGCGAUUGUAGGGGGCAUUUUUCUAUCAAACAAAAGCAGUUUUUGACUUUGAUUAGCAUUAUGUGACCCACAUAUCCAUGAACAAAACAUUUAAACUUUAUUAGUCAUACGGAAAAUGUGGUGUAAGUUGAAGAUCUUGCAAAAAGACUGUGAUGGUAUAUUAUUGGCCGGAACCAAUUCAAGAAUAAUUUUGAAAACAUGUCUGAAUACAGUAAUU